AUGCCGUCGUCUUCCUCGUCCGUGGAGCUGCCGGUGCCGCGGCCAUCGUGGACCAUCCUGAGCCGCGUCGCCCGGCACGUCGGCGACGAGCUCUCCCUCCCGCUCGCCAAGCGGCCGCGCCUCUCCAGCCUCACCAUCCCCACGAGAUUCGAGCAGUACCCCACCUACUACGGCGACGCCGAGCACCCCUCCCCUACGUCGUCGCCGCCAACGACGCCGGCGGCCGGCCUCCUCCUCCACGUGUCCCCGAACCCCUACGUCGGCUUCAACCUGGACCCCAACCCGGAAGGCAACCUCGUCGUGGCGUGGGACUUCUACCCGGUCGACGGCACCGGGCGCAACGAGUUGUCCACCACCACCGUGCGCGUCGCCGACCGCGCCGCCGAGCUGUCCCACUUCUCCGGCAUCAAGAGCGUCGGCCUCCUCCCCCUCUCCCGUCCCGCCGGGUUCGUGGUCGCCGAGCUCCAGGUCGUCGAGCACCCCGGCCGGCGCGCCGCCAACCUCAUCUGGGUCCACUCGGUCCAGAACUCGUGGAACGAGGUCGAGCUCACCUGUCCCGACGUCACCCCCGGGGCCAGCGCGGAGUGGAUGCCCCACGACGUGAUCGCCUACGACAGCAAGCUCUGGUGGGUCGACCUCUCGCGGGGGUUCCUCGUCUGCAACCCGGCGGACCCCAUGCCGCAUCUGAGCUUCGUCAGCCUCCCAGAUCUGACCGGGGAGAUGUUCGUCGGCCUCGAGGACAGGCACGAGGGGCUGGAGGGAAUCGACAGCCACCACAUCGUGAGGGUGAGCGGCGGCGAGCUGCGGUUCGUGGACGUCGUCCGAAGGCACGGCGAACCCCCGGAAGCAACGCGGCUACGUGGAGUCCGGGAUGCCGCGGGGGUUCCCGCGCUCGCGUUCCUGCACCCCGACAAGCACGCCGUCGUCUACUUCUUCCUGGACGAGUACCUCUUCUCCGUCAACGUGUACGACAGCGCCGUCGUGCAGUUCGCCGGCGAGCCCCGAGGAGACGUGGUCGAGGUGAUCGACGGGCCGCAGCCGAUCAACUGGCGCUACGUCCUCGCAUGGGUGCCUCGCUUCAAAAUGGUACGGUACAAUAGCUAG